AUGGCGAUGCGGCUAGCUAUAGGCCGGCCAUUGGGCGCCGCCGUCCGCGCAUCGAGCUGCUCACGCUCCGCCGUGCGCACCUUUACCUCGACUGCUCUCCGGGCGAAGGAAGUCGCGGGGCCAGAGUCGGGGACGCCAAACAUGCGAUUUGCUCCACGUGACCCGGCCGGCAAGCUCAAGGCGCCUAUCGUCAACCCGGCCGACCACUUCAAGGAAAAGGGCGAGGCGCUGCACAAAUACGGACAGUACCUCAUGUCAUGUCUGCCCAAAUAUGUCCAACAGUUCUCAGUCUGGAAGGAUGAAUUGACCAUUUAUGUCCCUCCCUCCGGUAUCAUCCCUACCUUCACUUUCCUCAAAUACCACACCGCAGCCGAGUACACACAGAUUUCCGACAUCACCGCCGUUGACUACCCCACCAAGGACCAGCGUUUCGAGGUCGUCUACAACAUGCUCAGUAUCCGCCACAACUCGCGUCUACGGGUCAAGACCUAUGCCGACGAGGCUACCCCAGUCCCCAGUUUGUGCGAUCUCUACGAUGGCGCCAACUGGUACGAGCGCGAGGUCUAUGAUUUGUUCGGUGUGUUCUUCGUGGGCCACCCUGAUCUCCGACGAAUCAUGACAGACUACGGUUUUGAUGGACACCCGCUACGAAAGGACUUUCCUAUGACCGGAUAUACCGAGAUUAGAUACGAUGAGGAGAAGAAGAGAAUUGUUGUAGAACCUCUGGAGAUGACCCAGGCUUUCAGGAACUUCCGCGGUGGUUCGUCAGCAUGGGAGCAGGUUGGUCCUGGAGACGACCUCAAGCCAGAAGCCUUCAAGCUGCCGACUCCGAAGCCAGAGCCGCCGAAGGUGGAGGAGAAGAAAUAGAUGGUUUAGAGCAUUUGGAUUGUAUAUACCUGCGAAUGAACGUACUUGUACAACAA